AUGGAAUCGACAAUUUAUCCUAUUACCAUCACAUUGGAGCCCGAUCCAACAGAUGAGGACAGUUACCAUGGUUACAAAUCGAGUGAAGAUUUGGGGAUAGCAGAUGAGGUUCUCCAGUCCAUCAGUCUAAUAUUGAUCAUGACGGGAUCCUUACUCUUCAAUACCUUCACUAUCGUCAUAAUUCUUCGAGUGAGGUCUCUGAGGAUCAUUCCUCACAACCUUCUCAUCGUAAGCCUGGCAAUUGCAGACCUGGGAGUGGUCCUCUGCAGUAUGGUAUUUUCCCUCGUCUCUGUCUUUGAUAAAGGGUUCUUUCUGAGCUCUCACCGAAGUGUUUGCAUGGUUCAAGGAUUUUUGGCAAUCAUGUUAAGCUUCACUAAUCUCCCCAUCAUCUUGUCGAUCGCAGUGGAUCGUCUGCUUAUCCUUGUCUUUUCCCGCCAUUUCCAACCAAGCCGAGUGCGUGUUCUCGUCAUGAUCGUCACGUCUUGGCUAGUUGGAACAACCGUCGCGUCCGUUGCGGCAAAACGAGGGAACGAAUCGUACAUCGGCUACCAUCCGGGAACUCUCCAUUGCUCGAUCAAGUGGUGGGAUGAUGCGUCAUUCCGCAUCAACGCGAUUAUAGUGAACUAUGGAUUUUUCGUACCAUCCCUGCUUGGUUGCUAUGUCGUCAUCACUUACCGCUUAUGGAAGGAAGAAAAACGACUAAGUCGUCAUUGCCUGUCGAGGUCGAACGCAGCGUCCAAAUGGACUGGACCAUCUACUGUGACGGUGUCAUCGGGUCCAACAGAGGGCGUUGCAUCUAAACCAACAGAAGAUGGAUUACGAAACGCUCGACAAGAAAGCAAUGAGGACUGGAUAUUCAGACACCAUGCCGCAUCGAGCCAAGAGAGAGUUGUGGAGGUCAUUGACCCCCAUGUAAAUCAUCAAGUAAUGAGCGAACCAGAUAGCGACAAUACUAGCGUGACAAAUAACAUGACGUCAGCAAGGAAGAAUAGACUGAAGAUUGAGAAGCGUAAGCAUAGGGCACACAAGAGAGUUGCAAUAUUGGCCAUUUUGUUGGUCAUGGCGGUGGUGAUUUGCUGGACUCCAUACCUCCUCUACCACUCAAGACUCAUCGCUGCUCACGACAGCAUUCGCCUUGGAGUGUUUACCAUGUGGAUGGGAUAUUGUAACUCCCUCAUCGACCCUCUCAUCUACGCCUUCGUGAACAGGAGCUUCAGGGCGGAGAUGCAGCGAGCUUUCAGGAGUUUGUGGCGUACUGUGACGUCACUUGGAACAAGACAGCCUUUGUAAUUGUAUACAGACAUGAUGCAUAUCCACGUCAUAACCCCGUAGCGCCCUCCCUCAGAGGAUAUAAGAAUACGCGCAAACGGAGUUGUCGGAGAUGCGCCAGCUGCAGAUCACUAAAACAUGAAAUGAAAUGGCUUCAGGUUCUAAGAUAGGGGCACGAUGGUGUCAAUGCAUGAGGCAUACAAAAAUGCUUCUUCCUUUUUUUUAAACUUCAUUCAUUUAUCAUGUUGUAAUUAUAGCUCGCUUUCAUUGAGAUAAAUGUUGAAAACUUAUAUAGAUAUAUAUAUAUGGAUAGAACACAUGCGUACGAUUUUCGAUUUCCAGCUGAUCAUGAGAUCCGCUGGCAGGAAUGUAGAAACUUUUCAUGUCGAUCUUUGUUAUUUCUCUUUUCAUUUGUAACUAAUAUUAUUAUUUUAUUAGAAAUAUGCAUUCAACUGGAUUUAUGAUGAAGAUGUCCUCCUGUUGUACUUGUGUUGUUUUUUGUUUGUUUACACUAUUUAUAUGAAUAUUCUAGCCCGGAGGCUGCACUCUACGAGCUUCGCUUUUUAGUAGUCUCCUCCAUUUCCAACUUGCUUGCAUUAUUAUCUUGAUUAUGAUACACUGUACAUAGAAAUUUUCUUUGUCUUAUUGUUCAUUUAUAUAGUGUAUAUAUCAUGAUGUAUGAAAAAAAUAUAUUGUAUAGGUUGGAAAUGGAAAUUAACGAAAUGAAAGGAAAUAUGUUCAAGAAUUCCCGUAA